AUGAGCAAUGAGAAUGGACAGAAACCCCCACCGUCAAUACUCGUUGGUCGAUUCAAGGCUUUGCUGAAGCAACAUGAGGAUGACCCAAGGCUGAGAAAUUCACAACCUUCAACCGAAGAAAUUAUUCCGAUUUACGAGUUGUUAUUGGCUGAACUCGAGUCUAAUGUGAAACCUAUCACCACUGAUCUUACCAUCAUUGUUGAACAACAUAGGGAACAGGCUAGAGGGAUCGCUUAUGCUAUUUGCGCUCGUAUUCUUGAGGUGUCUGCAGAUCAUAAGCUUCCUUCACUCCAUCUUCUGGACAAUGUUGUGAAAAAUGUUGGCCAGGAGUAUGUUCGAUACUUCUCAUUACGUCUACCCGAAGUUUUCUGCGAGGCAUACAGGGAGCAGUUAAUAAUCAACCGUCAAGUGUUAAUCCCCUCCAAGCAAAGUGAAGACUCCAAAGGAAAUCACAGUUGCAAAAACUGGAAUGCUAUGAAUUACACGCUCCAACAGCUUCUACAUUCUGAUGAAGAUUAA